AACCCAAGAUGGCGGACUACAGACUAUAGAAGCUGUUAUGAUGAAAAUGAAACGGUAGGAAUGAACAAGAAAGAAUACCCCAUUUUGAGACGUUUCAGAAAAGGAUUUAAAAUAUCGAAGCGAUUCGAUUAAUAAAAUAUUGACAUGCUGAGGGGGAAACGACGAGACGUGUAUCCCUCAGCAGCCCUAGAAAUCAUCAACAUGGCGGCAGACUCUGCAAAGCCACGUUUGAACAUUUACGAAGGAAUACGAUGAGAAACACUGAGGGCAUCCGAAAAUUCUCCCGUCGUGCUCUGAAGAUCUCACCUUCUUUCCGCUUGGACUGACAACAACUCAAACCAGCUAGCUAGUUAGCCGGGGCCUGUGAUUGUUUGGGCUCAACUAUUUUUUGUUUUGUUCAAGGACCGCGUUUAAAGAAAAAGAGCAACUUAACGUAUAAUGGAGAAAAUGAUCUGGAAUACAAAAGCGUAGCUAGCUACCCAAGCUAGCUAGCAACUCCUCUCCUAACCCAGUGGGAGAAUAACUGAAAAUUAGCUCGGUCGCUGCCUCUUGUCUUGGGUUGAGGCAGACCAAACUGAGUCACUUUGUAUUGUACAACAAGCAACCUGAGGGUAGCGUUGCUUCUAACUUUCAGAUUGAAGGUGUCGCCUAAAACGUUUUCGGGUGUAAACAGCGGUGAGGAUUUGCAGCAUGACCGACACUCGCCGAAGAGUGAAGGUUUACACCCUGAACGAGGACAGGCAGUGGGACGACCGCGGCACCGGGCAUGUGUCGUCCGGCUAUGUCGAAAGGCUGAAAGGCAUGUCCCUGCUGGUGCGCGCCGAAAGCGAUGGGUCACUUCUGCUGGAGUCAAAAAUAAACCCCAAUACUGCUUACCAGAAACAACAGGACACCCUGAUAGUGUGGUCGGAGGCAGAGAACUAUGAUCUGGCUCUCAGCUUCCAAGAAAAGGCUGGGUGCGAUGAAAUAUGGGAGAAAAUAUGCCAGGUCCAGGGCAAAGACCCGUCAGUGGACAUCACCCAGGAGCUGGUGGACGAGUCGGAGGAGGAGCGCUUCGACGACAUGUCCUCCCCGGGCCUGGAGCUCCCACCAUGCGAGCUGAGCCGGCUGGAGGAGGUGGCGGAGCUGGUGGCCUCCUCGCUGCCCUCGCCCCUCCGGCGUGAGAAGCUGGCCCUGGCCGUGGAGAACGAGGGCUACAUCAAGAAGCUCCUGGAGCUCUUCCACGUGUGCGAGGACCUGGAGAACCGCGAGGGCCUCCACCACCUCUACGAGAUCAUCAAGGGCGUCUUCCUCCUCAACCGGACGGCGCUCUUCGAGGUCAUGUUCUCCGAGGAGUGCAUCAUGGACGUGAUCGGCUGCCUGGAGUUCGACCCCGCCCUCCCUCACCCCAGGAGGCACCGCGAGUUCCUGACCAAGACCGCCAAGUUCAAGGAGGUCAUCCCCAUUUCCGACCCCGAACUCAAGCAGAAAAUCCACCAGACGUACCGGGUGCAGUACAUUCAGGACAUGGUCCUCCCCACUCCCUCCGUCUUUGAGGAGAACAUGCUGUCCACCCUCCACUCCUUUAUCUUUUUUAAUAAAGUGGAAAUUGUAGGAAUGCUCCAGGACGAUGAAAAGUUCCUGACAGACCUCUUCGCACAGCUAACCGAGGAAGCGACAGACGACGACAAGAGACAUGAACUGGUAAAUUUCCUGAAGGAAUUUUGUGCUUUUUCUCAAACAUUACAACCUCAGAACAGAGAUGCCUUCUUCAAAACAUUGUCAAACAUGGGCAUCCUUCCAGCACUUGAAGUAAUUUUGGGAAUGGAUGAUGUCCAGGUCCGCAGCGCUGCGACUGACAUCUUCUCCUAUUUGGUGGAGUAUAACCCCUCCAUGGUACGGGAGUUUGUGAUGCAGGAGUCCCAGCAGAACGAUGAUGACAUCCUCCUCAUCAACCUGAUCAUUGAGCACAUGAUCUGCGACACCGACCCGGAGCUGGGUGGGGCCGUGCAGCUGAUGGGCCUUCUGCGGACGCUGGUGGACCCGGAGAACAUGCUGGCUACCGCCACCAAAACGGAGAAAACAGAGUUCCUCAGCUUCUUCUACAAGCACUGUAUGCACGUGCUGUCUGCCCCUCUGCUGGCCAACACCACCGAGGAAAAGCCCAGCAAAGAUGACUUUCAGACAUCGCAGUUGCUCGCCCUGAUCCUGGAGCUGUUAACCUUCUGUGUGGAGCACCACACCUACCACAUCAAGAACUAUAUCAUCAACAAGGACAUCCUGCGGAGAGUGCUGGUGCUCACCUCCUCCCGCCACGCCUUCUUGGCUCUCUGUGCACUUCGCUUCAUGAGAAAAAUAAUUGGUUUGAAAGACGAGUUUUACAACCGCUACAUCAUGAGGAACUUCCUGUUUGAGCCUGUGGUGAAGGCCUUCCUGAACAACGGCUCGCGCUACAACCUCAUGAACUCGGCCAUAAUCGAGAUGUUUGAGUACUUGAGGGUGGAGGACAUGAAGUCUCUGACGACUCACGUGGUGGAGAACUAUUGGAAAGCGCUGGAAGACGUGGACUAUGUUCAGACCUUUAAAGGGCUGAAACUGCGCUAUGAACAACAGAGGGAGAGACAGGACAACCCCAAACUAGACAGCAUGCGGUCCAUCCUGCGGAACCACCGGUACAGGCGGGACGCCCGCACACUCGAGGACGAGGAGGAGAUGUGGUUCAACACCGACGAGGAUGACCUGGAGGACGGAGAGGCCGUGGUCCGACCCUCCGACAAGAUGAAGAGCGAGGAAGACCUCAUGGACCCCAUCAGCAAGUUCAUGGAGAGGAGGAAAUUGAAAGACACCGAGGAGAAGGAGGUGCUGGCCAAGGCUAACCUGACAGGUCGCCAGAGCCCCAGCUUCAAGCUGUCAUUCUCCAGCGCUCCCAAGCCCAGCCUCACCAGCCCGUCCGCCACCAGCCACCUCCCUGGGUCUCCCGGGCCGCUGAGCAUCGGGGCCAGGACAUCCCCGCCCGCAACAGCCAUCACCACCAAGGGCGGCCUAGUGGGCCUCGUCGAUUACCCCGAUGACGACGAGGAGGACGAAGACGAUCUGGAGAACCAGGAGGAGACUCUGCCCUUGUCCAAAAAGGCCAAGCUUAGCUCUUAACUUUCUCCCAUUCAGUCGUUCCCAGAGUGUGGUUCCGAUCUCCACCUGUCCGGCAAAGCGUCGCUUCCAGUAACUGCGGAAAUGA